AGAGUCACCCGGGCAGCCUCGGGACCGGUCACCGGCCGGCAACCGUCCAGCGGCCUCGACCACCGCCUCUAGCCUCCGUUCCCGGUCCUUUCUCCCGGGCCGAGAGACAGCGUCGCCGACAGGGGCUCAUUCCCCUCCGGUUCUCCUCGGUGACUCACCUCGGGCGGGCCGUUUUGUCUUUAGGGGCCGCCUUGGUGGGGCGAGGUUUCCGUGACGAAUCUCCUGGGGCCGUCCGUGCCGGCUCGGGCCGUCGUGGCGGCUCGAGCUCCUGGAACUUGCUCAGGCUCCGGAGGUCCGAGGCCCUCGAAGUUAUGCGUCGCCUCCAGGCGGUUGCGGCGGGCGCGGGCUCCUAAAGGGCGUCACACCCAGACUCCGCCGACUAGGCAACCUCCAUUCAGCUUCCCACUGCGCCUCCAGCGCCCCCGCCUUCUCCGGUCCCCUCCUCGGAGUCAUUUUUUCCUGUCCCCCCUCUGCCGCCCUUUCCUCACUCCCCGGGUGAGGCAAUUCUCUUGGAAGCGAAGGUGUCGGUUAUGAGCCGGAGCCUCCUUCCUUGAAUUUCUCCGUGGAGGACCCGCCGCGCCCCCCGGCAUGGGGGUGAACGCCGUGCACUGGUUCCGAAAGGGGCUCCGGCUCCACGACAACCCCGCCCUGAAGGAGUGCAUUCAGGGCGCCGACACCAUCCGCUGCGUCUACAUCCUGGACCCCUGGUUCGCCGGCUCCUCCAAUGUGGGCAUCAACAGGUGGCGAUUUUUGCUUCAGUGUCUUGAGGAUCUUGAUGCCAAUCUACGAAAAUUAAACUCCCGUCUGUUUGUGAUUCGUGGACAACCAGCAGAUGUGUUUCCCAGGCUUUUCAAGGAAUGGAACAUUACUAAACUUUCAAUUGAGUAUGAUUCUGAGCCCUUUGGAAAGGAACGAGACGCAGCUAUUAAGAAACUGGCAACUGAAGCUGGAGUAGAAGUCAUUGUAAGAAUUUCACAUACAUUAUAUGACCUAGACAAGAUCAUAGAACUCAAUGGUGGACAACCGCCUCUAACUUAUAAAAGAUUCCAGACUCUCAUCAGCAAAAUGGAACCACUAGAGAUACCAGUAGAGACAAUUACUUCAGAAGUGAUAGAAAAGUGCACAACUCCUCUGUCUGAUGACCAUGAUGAGAAAUAUGGAGUCCCUUCACUGGAAGAGCUAGGUUUCGAUACAGAUGGCUUAUCCUCUGCAGUGUGGCCAGGCGGAGAAACUGAAGCACUUACUCGUUUGGAAAGGCAUUUGGAAAGAAAAGCUUGGGUGGCAAAUUUUGAAAGACCUCGAAUGAAUGCAAAUUCUCUGCUUGCAAGCCCUACUGGACUUAGUCCUUAUCUCCGAUUUGGUUGUUUGUCAUGUCGACUGUUUUACUUCAAACUAACAGAUCUCUACAAAAAGGUAAAGAAGAACAGUUCCCCUCCCCUUUCCCUUUAUGGGCAACUGUUAUGGCGUGAAUUUUUCUAUACAGCAGCAACAAAUAAUCCACGCUUUGAUAAAAUGGAAGGAAACCCUAUCUGUGUUCAGAUUCCUUGGGAUAAAAAUCCUGAGGCUUUAGCCAAAUGGGCGGAAGGCCGGACAGGCUUUCCAUGGAUUGAUGCCAUCAUGACACAGCUUCGUCAGGAGGGUUGGAUUCAUCAUCUUGCCAGGCAUGCAGUUGCUUGCUUCCUGACACGAGGGGACCUGUGGAUUAGUUGGGAAGAAGGAAUGAAGGUAUUUGAAGAAUUAUUGCUUGAUGCAGAUUGGAGCAUAAAUGCUGGAAGUUGGAUGUGGCUGUCUUGUAGUUCCUUUUUUCAACAGUUUUUUCACUGCUAUUGCCCUGUUGGUUUUGGUAGGAGAACAGAUCCCAAUGGAGACUAUAUCAGGCGUUAUUUGCCUGUCCUAAGAGGCUUCCCUGCAAAAUAUAUCUAUGAUCCCUGGAAUGCACCAGAAGGUAUCCAAAAGGUAGCCAAAUGUUUGAUAGGAGUUAAUUAUCCUAAACCAAUGGUGAACCAUGCUGAGGCAAGCCGUUUGAAUAUUGAAAGGAUGAAACAGAUCUAUCAGCAGCUUUCACGAUAUAGAGGACUAGGUCUUCUAGCAUCAGUACCUUCUAAUCCUAAUGGGAAUGGAGGCUUCAUGGGAUAUUCUGCAGAAAAUAUCCCAGGUUGUAGCAGCAGUGGAAGUUGCUCUCAAGGGAGUGGUAUUUUACACUAUGCUCAUGGCGACAGUCAGCAAACUCACCUGUUGAAGCAAGGAAGAAGCUCCAUGGGCACUGGUCUCAGUGGUGGGAAACGUCCUAGUCAGGAAGAGGACACACAGAGUAUUGGUCCUAAAGUCCAGAGACAGAGCACUAAUUAGGUAAAUAUUUUAGAGCUGUAUUUCUUGCUUUAGAAGAGUAUAUAAUUAACAUAAAUUAAGAUAAUUUCAAAAAUGGAGCAAAUCUCUAUUUUCAAACCAGAAAAUCUUGAGGCAUUAAUUUUUAAGCAAUUUUUACAAACUCAGUUAAUUUUUGGUCAAGAGACAUGCAUCUGUACUGGAGAAAUUGUUGCACCAGUUUUAUAUUCAUCUGAACCAAUGCUCUUUAAAUUAGAGAUGUUUAUGAUUUUGUGGUCAAGUUUUUUCUUAGAAAAAAACAACUCUUUUAUUUCCUUACUAUGUAACUAUGAGUCUAAAACAAUUAAAGUGGCCUGUUUAUUUUAGUGACAUUAAUAUAAUCUUUUUAUGAACUUUCCCCUAAAUCUUUGCCUGUUAAAUGUUUAUAAAUUUCUUUUAUCUGUUAGGAUGCUUCUAAAAUCUAAAUUAUUUCCAAUUUGGGAAUAGUUUAAAACUUUUUAAAAUGCUGGCCCUUAUUAGAAGUAUCAGAAAGCCUUGCCUGCAUUCAAUUUAAUUGGAUUUGGGAUGUCAUUUUGUGAUUUAAAUUAAUAUGAAAAGUAUUUAUACGUUGGAUUUGCCAGUUUUUAAAAAUUUUCUAUUUCUUCAGUUUCUAACACUGUUUACAUUUUUUAUUGCUUAGUUUUUUUGUGUCAACCUAAUUAGACUAUAAGUAUCUUGAAAAUAAGGUCAAUAAACACUCAUCACAUUUUUGUCGUUGAAUUAUUUGCAAUCAAGCUUUACCUAGUUUUUUUUUCCCCCUUAAAUCACAGAAAACAUUCAGGAGGAAUACUGUUGCAGCUGAAAUUGGUGGGGAGUUCAAUACUUUUCAAUUAAGUUAUUUAAAAAUAUUCUUCAUUGAUGGAAAGCAGUUACAUAUUGAAAUAUGUUGUUUCUAAUGACAUUUCUGUGGUUUUUAACUUUUUAAUGAAUUUCACAGAGGACAAUUGGUAAUUUGUAUAUAAAGAACUUGGCAAGAGAAUUUGCUUAAUGUAAAUAUAAACAGUCACAAUUAGAAUAGACCCAUCGAUAUAUUUUUGAUAAUUUUUCAUGUAUGGUAAAGUUAAAAUGACAAAUUGAUAUUCUGAUAUAAAACUCAAAGUUUUGAAGUCAGUGGGAAAAAAGGAGGUUUUUAGACUUUCUUAAAAGACAUUGUUAAAAUUUUAGGACAGAAUUUUCUUGAUGUUGUUUGAUCUAACUUUGCACUCUUUGAUAAUAAUGUCUUAGAUAAUGUGCGUAAUCCAAAUUGGUAUUGUAGCCUCUGUUAACACAGACAGUAUAUGUUUUAAACUUUGAUGUAAACCUUUUUAGACCCAAACUUACGGAAGUAUCAUGUGUUAAGUUCUCUGUCUCUGUUUCUUUGUUCAUUUAUUACUAAAAUGAACUUGUUAUUAAAGUAUAUGCAAAUAUGAAA